GGAACGUCAGAGCAACAUGCGAUUUUGAAGGAUAACCUCCAAAAGCAUUUAUUUACAAAAAUUGUGUCAGCAUGUCGUGUGAAUAAAAAGGAAAUAAUAAUGGAGAAACCUAUAGAAUUACCGACGUAUAUUAAAACAAUACAGGAUGGCGAAGAAGUCGAAGAUUUCUCCGAGGAAUCGGAUGAAGAAGUAGAGUAUCAACCAUCAAAACAGAAAAUCAAAAGGAAGGCAGAUAUCAACCCUAGUUUUAAAUUUGUUGGAUCUGUAGACGAAUAUAAUAAGAGUCCAUGGGAUGACCUCCAGAAGUAUGUGAAGCGCAAUGUGAAGCACACUCUAGAUGACAAGAUUCAGAUGCGGAGAGCCGCUGUCAAGGUCAACGGGAAUGCUGAGGAUGUGGACACAGACUCCGAUGUAGAAAACAAUGACAAUGACACAAGAGAGCUGGAGAUAUCUGAUGAUGAACUCAAGAGAGAUGAGAUCAAGAAUAAACCCAAGAAGCUCACUAAGAAAGAGAAGUUGAAACAGGAACUAGAGGACGAGACGGAGCAGGGCGCCCGCAUCGAAUACGACUCGGACUUCUUCGAGGAGCCGCCGCCGUACGACGAGCACGCGUCCUUCUACAUGAUGAACCUGUCGCGGCCGCUGCUGAAGGCCAUCGGCGCCCUCAACUACGUGCACCCCACGCCCAUCCAGGCCGCUACCAUACCUGUCGCGUUGCUUGGCAAGGACGUAUGUGCGUGCGCGGCGACGGGUACGGGUAAGACGGCGGCGUACAUGCUGCCCAUCCUGGAGCGCCUGCUGUACAAGACCUCCGGCGGGGAGCGCCUCACCAGGGUCCUCGUCCUCGUGCCCACCAGGGAGCUGGGGGCGCAGGUACACACGGUGACGCGACAGCUGUCUCAGUUCACGGCGGUCACAGUCGGUCUGUCCAUCGGUGGGCUCGACGUCAAGUAUCAGGAAACCAUGCUGCGUCGUAACCCGGACAUAGUGAUCGCGACCCCGGGCCGGCUCAUAGACCACAUCCGCAACACUCCCUCGUUCGGACUGCACUCUAUUGAAGUACUCGUGCUCGAUGAAGCUGACAGGAUGCUGGACGAGUACUUCGCGGAGCAGAUGAAGGAGAUCAUCCGGCAGUGCUCCCCGAAGCGGCAGACCAUGCUGUUCUCCGCCACCAUGUCGGACCAGGUCCGGGACCUCGCCGCCGUCUCGCUCAACAAGCCCGUCAAACUGUUCGUGGACUCUAACAAGGAUGUCGCGUUCAAUCUGAGGCAGGAGUUUGUCAGAAUCCGUCGCGAGCGCGAGUGCGACCGCGAGGCGAUGCUGGCGGCGCUGGUGUGUCGCACGUUCCGCGACCGCGCCGUCGUCUUCGUGCAGACCAAGAAACAGGCGCACCGCCUGCAUGUCGCGCUCGGGCUGCUGGGCGUUAAGGUAGCAGAGCUCCACGGCGCCCUGAACCAGCCCCAGCGUCUGGACUCGCUGAAACGGUUCAAGGAGGAACAAGUCGACGUACUGGUCGCCACCGACGUGGCGGCGCGCGGGUUGGACAUACCCGGCGUCAAGACUGUACUCAACUUCACACUGCCCGCCACUCUGGAGCAUUAUAUUCACAGGGUGGGUAGAACAGCGCGAGCGGGUCGCGCGGGGGUGUCGGUGUCGCUGGCGGGCGAGGCGGAGCGCCAGCUGGUGAAGGCCAUCGUGAAGCGCGCGCGCCGCCCCGUCAAGUCGCGCCAGAUCCCGCCCGACAUCGUCGCCAAGUACCGGGACAGGUUGGCCAGGCUGGAGCCCGAGAUUGCCGCAAUCCUAGACGAAGAAUACGCAGAAAAACAGAUGAACAAAAUGGAGAAACAAACAGCUAAGUUAGAAGGAGCCAUCAAGACAGAGGGAGAACAGGUCGGGCCCAAGAUAGAGGUGAAGCGGCAGAGGGAGUGGUUCCAGACUCCUAAAGAAAAGAGGGAGGAGAAAGAGAGGCUCGCUCUUACUAAACAUCCUGAUAAAGAUAAGAAGAAGGGCGGUAAAGGCAAGAAGCGUAAACACUCGGAGGACGGCGAUGACUCGGACGACGGCGGGCGCAAGAAGAAGAAGCCCAACAAACAUAAACCUAAGGACACGCCCGAGGAACGAGUCAAUCGGGAGAUGGAGAAGGUCGCCCUCCUCCAAUCAAGAAUGGAGAAACGCAAAAAGAAACAGCGCAGGAUACGUGCAGUCGACGACGAUGACGACCGCCCACAACACGCACCUAGGAAAUCUAAUAAAAUGAAGAAGAAACAAAGUAAUUUCGCCAACGACCUCACGGACACAUCAAGAGCUGCAACUAAGAGACUCCGUUAUGACGCUAAUAAGGCCCAAAAGGACAAUAGAGGGCCUCGAAAAGGCAAAGGCCCCGCUAAAGGAAAAGGCCCGGGUAAAGGCAAGCCCAAUGCCAAACCCAAGGCGUUCGGCAAACCGCAGGCUGCGAAGGGACGUAGGAAAAAUAAAUAAAUGUGCCUAUUAUA